AUGGACUAUGUCGGGCUUGCCGAGUCGGCGGCCGAGAAGAUGAGGCUCUACCGGCAGGACCCCAGCGGCUGGCGAGUCUGCCAGAGCACGGGCGAGGUUUCGGUUUCUUGGAGACCCUCGGCGGAGUUUGCUGGCAACGUGUACAGGGCAGAGGGGGUCGUGCCUGCCGACCCCCAGGAGGUCUGGGAAUGCAUAAAGCCGGUGGCCGGCGGGCGUAGGACCAAGUGGGACAAAACCGUGAAGGACUUUGAGGUCGUGGAGGCCAUCAGCGAUACUGUUUCUGUAUGCAGAACCACAACUCCUUCAGCUUUCGUGAAGAUUAUUUCACCAAGAGAAUUUGUGGAUGUAGUACUAAUAGAGCAAUGUGAAGAUGGGACGAUGCUAUCUGCAGCAACCAAUGUGGAACACCCACUGUGUCCUCCUCAGCCGAAUUUUGUGAGAGGUUUUAAUUACCCCUGUGGCUGUUUCUGUAUCCCUAUUCCAGGGGAGCCAGACAGGACUCAACUCCUGAGUUUCUUUCAGACUGAUCUUGGUGGCUAUCUUCCCCAGACGAUGGUGGAUUCCUUCUUUCCAGCCAGCAUAGCUGGAUUUUACAGCAACCUGACCAAAGCUGUUAAGGCAUUUAAAGCGUGA